AUGGCCGUGGCCUCAUCUAAAACAAUUGUGACGAUCGCAGGGGCUGCAGCCAUUACAUCGUUUCCGGCCGCCACGUACGGAAAAGCUGUACCUUAUUCGCAACGACAGCUGCUUCUCCAUGACCCUCGACAGCCAUAUAAGCUCCACACAGAUAGAGAGAUCCCUGAACUAAGAUUCGGAGAUUUAUUAGUUGAAGUGCAUGGCAUUGGCUUGAAUCCAAUCGACUGGAAGUCAGCAGAUUUUGGACUUGUGCUUCCGUCACCACCAUGUCUGAAUGGACGUGAGUUUAUAGGCAAGAUUAUAGCUUCAGAAGUCGACCAGAGAUGCAAACUUCAGCCGGGAGAAUGGGUCCUCGCUGUGUCUACAGACUACCGCGACUUUAGAAAAUCCGCUUUUCAAGAGUAUGCCAUUGUCUGCUGCUACAAUGCCAUUCGGAUUCCCAAACAUGUCGACCCGUUUAAAGUCGCCCCUAUGGGCGUUGCCUUUGUCGCAGCAGGCCUCUCUCUCGGAGUUUGUUUAGGUGUCACUUUUACAAAGGGUCCCAAAAAGCGAGAGUUUAACCUUCUUGAGAAUGCGAGAUGGUACCCAGAAGACGUGCCUGAUGAUAUCGCGGAGGAGGUCUUUGACGCCCUGGCGCCUUGCUAUCAAGCUCAGCCCGGCGAAUGGCUAUUAGUCUACGGAGCAUCUACCGUUACUGCACAGAUCGUGAUUCAACUGGCGAAAAUAGGAGGCCUGAAAGUAGCAGGCGUUGCUGAUCUCGGCAAACAUCGACAACUUCUACAAUCACUCGGAACUGAUAUUUUAAUUGAUCGUAGCGACCUCGAUCAAGCCAAGCGCGAUAUCAAACGACUCAUCCCAGGCUCACUAAGAUUCGCCAUCGACACAGUUGGGCCAGAAACUGCAGCAUGGUGCCAACAAGUUCUUGCAGAACUUACGCGAGGAGGUGGCAGCAAAUUGAGCCACCUCGUUGCCAUGACAGGCCGUCCCGAAAAUCUUCACCCUAAUGUCCAGGUGCAUACAGUGCCCAUCAAGCUCUUCCACACAAGCCAAUGGGUUGGUGGGCACCUGAGUAAGUGGCUAUAUGAGCUUCUUGAUACCAAUAAGUUACGACCUCCAGAGGUUGAAUUUGUACCAGGUGGACUUGGUGCCAUUAAUGGGGCAUUGGAAAGACUAAGACAGGGCAAAACAUCAGGAAAGAGGAUAGUGGUUCGUAUGAAGGAGCCUGAGACGAAAAUUGAACUUUUUCCCUAG